AUGCUCGUCAUUGAAGAAAACCCAAAGGAGGAAAUGCCCACGACAGCUCAGGCGGGUGGUGGGGCAGUCAGUUUCUCGUCAGCAAUGGAGACAAGAGCUCAAGCGACAGCCAGAGCAACGCAACGUUUAGAAAGAAAGAAAGAGCGUAAGGAGAAGUCCGAAGACAAGAAGAGCAAGAGCAAAGACAAGAAAAGCAAAGGCAAGGAUAGCAAAGAGAAGAAGACAAAGAAGGGUUUCUGUCCCUGGCUAAGCAGCAAAAGCAGCAAGAGCACUAAAAGGGGAGGUGAGCGCAAGUCCAAGAAGGACAAGAAAGGCUCUUCUAAGGAAGGCAGCUCGAGAUCCAGAAGCAAAGAGAAGGCCGGCAAGGCUAAGUCCAGCUAG